CAAAAUCCAUUUUUGAGUGUCUUCCAUGCGCAGUUUUCUCUCCUCGCUUUUCUCCGUCAAACGUCCCCGACCCAUGCAGUCCCUGAUAGCCGUUGUCGGUGCCACAGGCACAGGCAAGUCUAAGCUUGCAGUCGAUCUUGCGUCUCGGUUCAAUGGUGAAAUAAUCAACGGCGAUGCGAUGCAAAUGUACCGUGGCCUCCCUAUUAUCACGAAUCAGAUCCCUCUCGAAGAGCGAAACGGUAUUCCGCAUCACUUGAUCAGCUGCGUCGAACUGGAUGAGGAGUCAUGGCGAGUGGGGAUGUUUCGAAGGGAAUGCUUACGACUUAUUGAUGAUAUCCGUGCGCGAGGGAAGCUUCCGAUCCUCGUCGGCGGAACCCACUACUAUACCCAGUCUGUGUUAUUCAAGGAUAACCUUGUGGGGAAGGAAUCCACGCAAGACCAAGAGCUAGAAUCCAUUCCAGCCGAGGAUCUUGACUCGUCAAUUAAGUGGCCGAUUCUCGAUGCGGACCCGGAGGUGGUCAUGCAGAAAUUGCGCGAGGUCGACCCCGUUAUGGCAGAUCGAUGGCAUCCGAAGGACACGCGCAAGAUCCGUCGUUCCCUCGAAAUUUAUUUUCAAACCGGAAAGCCAGCCUCCCAGGUCUACGCUGAGCAGAAGCAGCUGAAACAGGCUGUUGCCGCGAAGGAUGAGUCUGCUCUUGGCGUGGGACAGCUUCGAUUUGAGACUAUGAUAUUCUGGGUCCAUUCGGAGAAAGCUACAUUGAACGACCGAUUAAACAAACGCGUCGACGAUAUGAUUGAUCAAGGACUAAUGUCAGAAGCGAAUCGUAUGUCGGACUAUCUCCAGGAGAAAGAAAGCCAGGGCGUCACUGUUGACUCGACACGUGGAGUCUGGGUCUCUAUUGGGUUUAAAGAACUAGCUCCUUACUUUGAAGCAGUUCGGGAUGGAUCGAAGACCGACAAGGAGCUAGAGACUCUCAAGCAAACAUGUAUUGAGUCGGUCAAGACCGCAACCAGACAGUAUUCCGGGUCCCAGAUUAAGUGGAUUCGAAAUAAACUAUGGAACGCCCUUGCGGAGGCGGGACUGACUGGUCGUCUUUUUGUCUUGGACAGCAGUAAUGUUGAAGAUUGGGCUAAGAACAUCACGGAUCCGUCAGAGCGCCUCGUCCAGUCUCUUCUGAAGGGCGAACCCCUCCCGGAUCCAAAAUCUCUGUCUGAUCUAGCAAGGACAACUCUAGGCGCAAAGGAAGCACAACCCCAAAUCCUUGAUGCUAAUCCCAUAACAAAAUGCAUGACUUGCGAAGUAUGUCAGAAGACCAUGACAAACGAAGACCAGUGGAAUGUCCAUAUAAACGGACACGCCCAUAAAAGGGUUGUCAAGGCACUGGCGAGGAGAGCCCAGCGCGACGAGUAUCUUCGCAAGCAACAAGAAAGCUUGGAUAAUGAUCAGGUGAAGGUCAACAGUGGCGCAUCAGAGCAGGACUCUAAAACACCUCCACCUUGAAGAUUUUCAAAAUAUAUUAAAUUAAAAGAGAUAUCCUGUAUUAUUAUUAUCG